AUGUGGACAGACUACAAACUUCUUCUUUUUAUUAUACUCUUCACUGCAUCUGCAAAGUCUUCCGUUGUCAUCUCCCCAGACUCCAACGAGUACCAGGUGCUUCCCAUGGCUGCACUCAAGGAGACGCAGAACGGAUGCACAGCACCGACAGGAAUUAAGCCAAUAGAUAGCAGUAAAAAAUGGCUGGGAAUGGUGCGAAAGGGAGGGUGCCCCAUUCUGACGAAAUACAACGUGCUAAAGGAUCUUGGAGCCUCAGGGAUGCUCAUACUCGAUGGAGACGGCGUGGAGUACACUGCAACUGAUCACUUCCACGUGGUCUCCAUCGAGAUGGCGAUGUACGACUCUCUGAUGAAGAUGUACGAAGAGACCAACAAAUACCCCUCAGUGAAGAUAGUCCACUCCUACAGGACAAGCAUGCCCAUUGUGCAGAUACUGUACAUCAUAUUCCUUGUGCUCAUGAUCUUUGUCUUUCCAAGCCUUUUCGAACGGCUCGAAGAGCCCCAGAUAAAGCUUGUGAAGCCAAAAGAGCUCUCGACUGUGUCGAUUAAAACAUACAGCGAGGUGCAGGGGGCAGAUAGAAAAUACGAGGAGUGCCCCAUUUGCUUUGAAAAAUUUGACCAGACUGAUUUCAUUCGUACACUGCAGUGCAAACACUAUUACCAUGGAAACUGCAUCGACCCCUGGCUGCUGAGCAGGAGUUGCAGAUGCCCAGUCUGCAACCAUGAACUAUCUUUUGCAUGA